AGACUCCUGAGUAAUCCUUGAUCAGCGCUCCGCAGUGGUUUGGAAGAUUGUGGCAAGCAAAAUGACAGAUUUUUUAUUAUAUGGCACUCUCAUUUUACAGAUCUCACAUCAGCCAUUGGAGCUUACAAUCUAAUUUCCCUAUCACACUCACCAAACUAAUUAGAGUACAUACUUGGAUAACAUCCAUGCUCUAUGCGGGUAGUAUGUCAGAAAGGAACCUGGAAGCCCAGUGCUGUGAAUCAGUUGCUGAGCCCGUGCCACUGUUACAUGACAAGUACUGGGCAGCCUUACCCACUGUAUAGAGAGAGAAUUCCCUCUGUUCUCCUGGCACUCACCCACAGUCACAGAAUCCAGUCCUUAUACAUUAGUCAUACUUGUGUUACCAGGGCUGAUGUACACAGUAGUGCAGUAAAGCGAGAGGGUAAAAUGCCCCUCUCUCACACAGGGAAGAGUAGCUCAUACUGGGGGAAACUGGUGAAUAGACAAAACACGGCUCCAGUGAUAUCAGCAGGGAACUAUGCUCAGAAUUUUCCCAGUGCCCGGAAUGCAGGGAAUACUCAGGGGAGACAGAUUAGGAAAUAAGCAGAGAUGGUGGAAGGGGCACAGGGGGGCAGCUCUGUCCUAGACAAAAGGGUUGCACUAAAUUAUGCAACUAGGGGUGCUGUGUCAUUGCCCAACAAUCCCCAGACCAUGCCCUGAGUCUGCCAUGUCUGGCCCUGCUGGGUGCUGCCUACUGGGAUUUAAUGGCAGGGUGUGGGCAGGUAGGAUUUAGUUUGGCAGCUCCUUGUGUUCCUGCCCCUUCAGCAACAGAAUGAGCGCAUGGAGCAGUUUGGGUGGAGACAGAGCUACACCCUAAUAAUUACAGCACUGGGACCCACAGACUCCCAGUAUUCCCUGCAGAGCGAAGCAAAGGAUCACCAUGCAGUUUGGAAUUUUCAAGGUGUGCCUGGUGGUGGUCACAGCCAUCGUGAACCACCCUCUCCUCUUCCCAAAUGAGAACACAACUCUCCCUGCCACUGAUGAGCAGAUGAUCCAAAAAAUGAAGGAUCGGGAGGAAAGUCUGAAAGCGGAGCAAAUGCAUCUGGAACAGAUGUUCUCCAGUACUGUGAUGAAGGAGAAGAUGGAGGAAGGAGAGGACAGCGACAAAACAGAUGCUUCAGCAGAUGAGCCACCUUGGGAUUUCUGGAGUGCCCUGUCAAUGGUUAUUUUCUUGAUGAUUGAGAUAUGGAGGCAAGAUUUUCAGGAAGGCAAUGCUCAAGCUCCCAGUAAGGAAGAAGACGACCUUCCAUUCUUAGGCAACAACUGCCAAGGAGUAUCCCUACCGAAUAAGGCAGUCCUGGCUAUCUUUUAUGAGCAGUAUAUCCGAGUCACAACCCAUGAUGCUGUCAGGACUCGGGAGUUUGUGGAAGGCUUUGCAGAUGAUUUACUAGAGGCUUUAAGAAGCAGUUGUAACCGAGAUGAAGACAUGGAAGUGGAGGACAGCAUGUGUAUUGGAAGUAUGUAUGAAAACUGGAGAGUGAAGAAGCCUUUAACCUGUGACUUGAUAGUACCGUUUUCCCCACCAGAACCUUACCAGUUUAGAUGCCAACCUUGGAUCUUCAGUCCUUCAAUUUCUCCAGAAAAACAAGGCUGUGGAAUGAUUCAGGUCAUUGGGCCCGACGAUUUAUCUAGAGGUUGUGUUUGCGACAGGACCAAACUUGGAGAAGAUAUGCUAUGUCUUCUCCACAACCCAACAUCAAACAAGACAAAGGCAAUCAGGGACAUUGACCUGUUGUGUUCUAAGGAAACAGACUUCUUGGAUACCAACCAGGUCAUGAAAUGGUUCCAGUCAGCUGUAACAAAAGCCUGGGGUAAGAUUUCACAUAAGUAUGAUUUUGACCUGGCUUUCAGUCAGUUGGAUACUCCAGGGGCCCUGAGAGUGAAAUUCAGAUCUGGAAAGAUAAUCAACUUCAAUAUCACGCCGGUGGUACAGUUUGAGGAUUCAGACUUAUAUUUCUUAUCACAUUUCUCAAGUAGUUCAAGACCUCACGACUCCAACAUCCAGUGGGUUCUUUCCUUUGCAGUAUAUGAGAAAAGGUUCCUCAAGGAUAUUGCCAAGAAGCUUCCAGUUAAUUCCUGUCACCUGAGCUGCCUGCAAAUAGUGUCUUUUCUUCAUUCUAAACAGUGUCACAUCACCGGGUCAAGCGGUUUGACCACCUAUCAUCUAAAGACAGUGCUGCUUCAUCUUUUGCUUUCCCGACCAUUCUCUGACUGGGACGUUGUCAUGCUUGAGGAACGAUUGAGAGACAUGUUUGUAAUGCUGGAAAAGUGUCUGCUGGAGAAGAAGCUCUACCACUUCAUGGUUGGAAACCCUAAAUUACCAGGGAGUGUAAACAUUCCAGAAAGCUUCCAUUUUGCAGAACCCCUUAACCUUUUCCGCUCAUUUGUCCUCAACCGAGACCUCUAUCAGAAGACACUGGUCAUGUUCUAUGAGAUGCUGAAAAACGCCACUGUUUUGAUAAAUGAGUACAGCUUGAGACUACCCUCCUCUUCUUUGAACAAGUAAUCUCACUUAUGCCCCCAGGGUGGGGAAAGUAAUAUGCUUUACAUAUAGUUGCAUUCAGUGAAUGCUCCUUGACAACUGGCUAUGGAGCACUGAAGGGCACACACUGUAUAUAAUGGCAUUGUGGUAUGUAACAAAUAACUGUGGGUUCAAAUACUCACAAGAGUAAAGGGGCUGAGCAGGGUGGUGCAAGUAACCAAAAAGCAAUAAUGCUGCUGCCUGGAGAAAGGAGGGAUAAUAAUUUGUGUUUAGAGAAUUUUGUGUAGCUCUUAAGGUGUAUGUAAUACAGGUGGUCAGUUCUGGGGAACCCAGUGGUGGGUAACUUAACUGAUAUCCUGAAAUAACUUAACUGAUAUCCUGAAAAACCCCUUAGAAGAGGGCCACAAUAUUAUCAAUACUUUGUAUUUAUUGGCCUAAAUGUGCCAGUAGUUAGCAUCAUCAAUGGCUCUGAGCUUAUGUUUUUAUAAAGGGGAAGAACACCUAAAAGUUAGCAUUUAGUAUAGAGUAAAUAGUAGGAUUCAAUACAAUUUAAAUUUACAUUCUUUGCUCUUGUUUUAUAGUUGGCCCCAACAGUUUCAGUUGUAUGCUGGAAAAAGUAAAAGAAGGCUAAUAAUUAAAAAUAAAGCUGAAAAGUUGUUGA